AAAAAACAUAUAUAAAAAAUCUUAUCUUUCCUAAAUUCGAAAUUCUAAAUUUUUCAUCUGAUUUCCUUUUGACAUUGCAAAAACAGUAACAUGAGCAAAAGGCCUUUAGGUCCCGGACCCGGCGCUUACAUGCUGCCGCCGAAUGUUGGCUAUGAAAAUCAUGAUGCUCGUAAGCAACGUAUGCCACAGUACUCGUUUGGCACACGCUCAUACAAGCACGAAAAACUGAUUGGCCCAGGACCGGGAGCCUAUAAGGUUGACACCUUGACGCGUUAUGGCAUAAGUCGUGGAAAUCAAUUUACGAUACAGGGCAGAACAUAUGUGAAAGAAAAACGAUUUGGUCCAGGACCUGGUGCACAUGACGUACAUCUAAAGCCGUUCUUUAAGGGCACUGAUGCGCCAGCAUAUUCUAUGUCUUGGCGCACUGCCUAUAACUUCAAGAGCUCUACACCGGGUCCCAAUGCAUAUGGUGUGGAUGUGUCACCAAUUAAACCGGGAUUUCCAGCAUACAGCAUGGGCAUGCGGUGUGGUAUAUCAGGUAAACAACAUUCUCCUGGACCAGCUGCUUAUGGUGCUGGAAAUCUCUCCGUUAAACUGCCACGUAGUCCUGAGUAUUCAAUUGCCGGACGAAAUCCCUUUUAUUACAAACAAAUUGGCCCUGGUCCAAACUAUUACGAUCUAAUGUACUACCGUCCCGGCAAAUCUGGACAGGCUUACUCGUUCGGUAUACGACACAACGAGUUUGCGCCACCAAUGAUUGUUAAGUGUGAUAAUAUGUGAUUGCAAUAUUAGGAAGAAAUCAUAUUUCUUAUAUUUUGGUACUUACUUUGAAGAUAAAAGUUUUGAAAGUUCUACUAGAUUAUACAAUUGAUUAUAUAGAAAUAAUAAACUAAACCGAAAUAA